ACGGCUCCAGCUGGGUGCUGCUCACAGUCGCCAUAAUACUCUUGGGUGUGUGUCUCCGACCUCUGAGCACAUCAUGGCCGGGCACCUACGCACCCCGCUGCUCCUGCUGGCCGCCCUGGCCCUGACCCUGGCCCUGGCCGUGGCCGUGAGUCCCGGAACAAGCAGGAGAAAUGGCAAGUCUUCGUUGGUGGGCGGUGCGUUGGACGCCGAUGUCAACGAGGAGGGCGUGCAGCAGGCGCUCAACUUCGCCCUCAGCGAGUACAACAAGGCGAGCAAUGACGCGUACCACAGCCGCGCAAUACGAGUGGUGCGCGCCCGCAAGCAGGUCGUGGCUGGGAUGAACUACUUCUUGGAGGUGGAGAUCGGACGAACCACAUGUACCAAGUCCCAGCCCAACUUGGACAGCUGUCCCUUUCAUGACCAGCCACGACUGAUGAGGAAAACGCUCUGCUCUUUCCAGAUAUAUACUGUCCCCUGGCUGGGAAAGACCUCCUUGGUGAAGUCCAGCUGCCAGGAUGCAUAGAGGACCCUGUGACAGGCUGGGCCACUCUCCCCACUUUCUCCCACCCCCACCCCUUUGUAGAGCUCCUAAGCUAUAGAAGGUUGGCUUUGCCCAAGUGAUGCCCCCUCAGCAUGCUAUUCCCACAAGACAAAUAGGGAAAGGUUCUGGGGCUUUUUUUGAACAGCUAAGUGACUGUACCUCCUUUCUGUUCAUUGCUUUACAAGUGCACCAGUAUGUAGUACAUAUGUUCUGCCCUCUCUUCAUCAAUAAAAAGUAACAUCGGCUA